AUGGCACCUGGCAGCUCGUCUCAGCCCUCACCGGCGUUCUCUCAGCCCUCUCCUGCUUCGUCUUUGCGGAGGCGAGCACAUCGCCGUUCGACUCGAGCAGCCUCUCCCGAGCCUCUCUCGCCUGAAAUUGAAUCCCUCUCAGAUACGGAUUCUGACAAUGAUGAUAUUCCUCUUGAUGCAACUGAGAUCCGUGUCAAUCAGGCCAAGGAGCAACGCUUUGAGGAAAGUCGGAGCAUGUACCGGACCAAAUCGCAACUCUAUCCUGAGCUCAUGGCACCGCACACGACUCCUCUGGAUCAGCGAUUCUUUACCACCGCGGCUGCCGAGAGGUUCCAUUCGCUUCGUCGUCGUAAGUUCAUCACUCAGCAUCGGAUCUCUCUCACCGAUGUGAACAUGCAAGAUGUCAGGAACAUUGUGCGUGGAGCAGGGCUACUUCACACACUCACUGAUGUAGAUGCGUACCAACCCACCAUGGUUAAGGAGUUCAUUGCGAACCUCCAAGAUGCUGAGGAGCGAGAUGUUGGAGUUGAUGUGUAUUGCAGGGGAUGCAUGAUUGACUUCUCUUCAAGUUUAAUCAAUGAUAUCUACUGUGUACCUGGAUUUGAGGAUGACCCGAAUUGGUUGGGUGAGAACAUUGAUGAGGUAUGUGGGUUUCUCACUGAAGGUCGCAUCAAUCGAUGGGAAAACAUGAGCUCCAAGUUCCUUACUCGCACGAAUCAAGUGCUCUACAAGUUGGUCUGCACUAACUGGAUGCCUACCAUGAACUACACCAACAUGAACCAAGAUCGUCUGAAGUUUGUGUACAUGCUUCAUCACAACGAAGACGGGUUCAACUUCGGGAAGCUUGUCUAUGAUCAGAUCAUGGCUAUGGGAGCUAGAACUAAGUCAAAGCGAGCUUGGCGUAUCAUGUUUCCAACAUUGAUUCAGCAGGUCAUCAACUAUCAGCAGCGUUUUCCUGUUGAGGAGUCUACUGGGUUUCCGAAGCUUGUGGUCAAAGACAUUAAGGCUGGUCGUGGGAAUGGUGCAGAUGCUCGACCUCCGAAUCUUGAAGAAGAUCUGAGUCGUAUGAUUACUGGUCUCAAUGCGAUUCGUAUUCGGCUGAGGAGGGGAGAAUAUGUUAUGCCACAUCAACAGACUGAGCCAGCUGAAGACGAGCCAGCUGAAGACGGAGGCAAUGACACUGAGGAACUGAGUCACUGUGAUGGUGAUGAAACGGAGGAGCUGAAGGAGGAAGAUAAGCAGUGUGUGGAUGCUGUUAGAGGAGAAGACAAGAGCGCCAAUCAAGAAGAAGCAGAGAAGGUGACCGAUCAAGUAAGAGUUGAGGAAGAGGAGAGGUUAAGAGAGGAACUGGAAGAGAUAGAAGCUAAGUAUCAGGAAGAGAUGAAAGAGAUAGGUCAGAAUAGAGAAGAAGCAAUGAUGGAUACAAAGAAAAGGUUGUCUCAGAAAAGGAUAGAACAUGUUGAUUGA